AUGAAUAUAAGUUCAAACUUGUUGAGAUUUUGGCCAAUUAACUGCUCUUUCACAAUUGGCAUCUUGAAUUCGAACCCUCUGCUUGCUUGCAAGAAUAUGAAGGGCAGCAAUUAUAAGGAGCUGGAUUGCAAAUCGAGCCAAAUGAAAAGCAUAGUAGUUCUCUUGAUUAGUAAAUUGAGGAGGAGAGCUCUUGAAUUUACCCGGUUACCAUUUCAAAUGCUAAGAUAAAUCCUAUUAAAGUUUCAGUAUUUAUACCCAAAGAAAAGUAUACAACGUGCGUACAGAGGUCAUCUUAGUAACAUGAUUACUAUUCAUAAGGCCAAAGAAUCUUUAUUGACCUCAACGGAUCUCACAGUAGCUCUAAAUAAGCAAUUAGAAAGCAGUCAUUUCCAUGAAUAAUAAAAUCGAUAAAUCGGCUAAUAGAGAUACAAACUUUCCCACUUAUUGACUUCUGAGAGAUCACACAUACCGAAAAAUAAACAGGAAUAUUAAAAUACAGAUGCUGGAAGAAAUUUGAAUUUUAAGAAAAUGACCAAAUUGACUCAAGAAAAGACAUAAAACAUUUAUAAUAAUUAAAUUCGCCUUAAAUCUGCGAGAUCUCAACUGCCAGUACCCUCUGAAUAAAUGUUUUCAGGGAAAUCUUUCAAGAGAAAUGACAUUUACAGGGCUACAAUGUCAUACGGUAUGUCAUAGAGCUGA